CCAGGAACACCGCCAACGCCGACGGGUGGUGGAGCUCCGCUUCGACCGCGCUUCUCCAGCCAUGGCUGAACCCGAGAUGGAGGUGGCCGUAGCGACAGCAGCACCAGCCGGUCAGAAGAGAGAGAGGGAGGAAGGAGGCGAUCCUGCUGCUGAAUGCGGCGGCGAGGAGACGGAGGUGGAAGGGGCGGCGGCGAAGAAGCCGAAGUUGGAGGAGGCCAAGGAGGCGGAGAAGGGGAGGGUAGAGGAGACGGCGGAGGGGAAGACACAGGAGGCAAAUGAGGAGAAGGCAGUGGAGGCGGAGGACAAGCCUGUGACAGAGGAGGCAAAUGAGAAGAAGGCAGUUGAAGCGGAGGGAAAGCCUGUGACACAGGAGGCAAAUGAGGAGAAGGCAGCGGAGGCGGAGGGCAAGCCUGUGAAGCUGGGGCCUAAAGAAUUCGCCUCGGCCAUCGAUAUGUUCAACUACUUCUACGCUCUGCUCCACUCCUGGACGCCGCAGCUUGAGUUCAAUAAGUAUGAACAAAUGGUGCUGGAGGAUUUGCUGAGGAAAGGUCAUGCUGAACCUGCUAAGAAGAUUGGGGCAGGAGUCGAAGCAUUUGAGAUAGGCAACCACCCGGUGUGGAAAAGUCACUGCUUCUUUGUGCGCAGGACUGAUGGAUCUGUGGAUGACUUCAGCUUCCGCAAAUGUGUGGACAACAUACUGCCCCUCCCUGAGGACUUUAAGAUCGGCAAUGGCAAGAAGUCUGGUGGCCACCAAAAGGAUGGCGGUGGAGGGCGGGCAGGAGGACGCCGUGGAGGAGGCCGAGGCGGCUGGCGUGGUGGACGGGGCCGGGGCAGGAGGGGAGGGUAGGUUCUUACUUCUUAACUGGCCCUGCAAUUUUGCCCAGUUAACUAUACCGGGGUUGCCGUGGAAACGAAGGUAGGUUCUUACUAUUAUGUUGGUUUAUUAUGUGGUGCCUGUCCUAAAGACCGAUACCAACUUUUUUACCUUGCAACCGGUAUAUGAUCCACGCCGA